CCCGUCUCUUAUCUGAUAACUCCCAUCAUCGGAUUUGCAGAUGGGCGAGUCUGAUGCAGUAAGGCCGUUGAUCCUCUACGCCACGGAGUCGGGAAACGCACAGGAGACAGCAGACAACAUUGCACGCCAUUGCAGACGCAUUCACGUUCGAUGUCGAGUACAGGAUGUGGAUACAUAUCUUCCUGACGAUCUCAUAAAUGAAAGUCUCGUUAUCUUUGUGAUAGCUACCACUGGAUCUGGUGUCGAACCACGGUCAAUGACCUCCCUCUGGACUAUGCUCCUACGCUCGGACCUCCCCGCAGAUUUAUUCGAAGACAUACAUUUUACUGUCUUUGGCCUGGGGGAUUCUGCGUACGAGCGCUUUUGCUGGCCAGCGAAGAAACUUUCCCGCAGGAUGAAGGGACUCGGGGCAACCGAGAUAUAUGAAAGAGGUGAAGGUGAUGAUCAGCACAUGCUUGGGACAGAUAGUGCUCUCGUACCAUGGAUAGAAGGCUUGCUGGAUGUUCUGGCGCAACUCUUUCCCUCGGUAGAAGGAACAAGCAGACUACCAUUGGACACCAUCCCUCCUCCGAGAAUGGCAAUGACAAAAUCCAGUGAAGAAGAGUCCCCGGAUCCAUUACUACAGGAUCCAGCCUACCAUCAUGCUACGCUCAAGUGCAAUAAGCGUAUAACGGCAGAAGAUUGGUACCAGGAUGUUCGCCAUUUCCAGUUCUCGUUCGAAGAAGACAUACAAUACAAUCCCGGGGAUGUCGCAGUUAUCCAUCCUUUACAGCCAUAUGACGAUGUCGAAGAGUUUCUGUCGUCCAUGGGUUGGGGAAAUAUCGCUGAUGAAGUCUACACGCUAGAACACGUCGAAAAGGAUCAGACGAUGCCUAACCAUAUUCCGCGCUGUGCAAGUCUUCGAACGAUCUUCACGCGAUAUCUCGACUUUAAAGCUGUCCCUCGCCGAACUUUCUUCCAGUACCUGCGAUAUUUCAAUACGGAUGAACAAGAGUCGGAGAAGCUAGAUGAAUUCCUUUCGAUUGAUACUGCUGACGAGUUAUACGAUUAUUGCCAACGCGUCAGGCGGACAAUCCAAGAAGUCCUUACUGAAUUUCGUGGGUCCAAGAUACCAUUACCAUACAUAUUCGACAUAUUCCCACCACUUAGACCUCGAGAGUUCUCGAUAGCCAGCUCCGUCAAGAUGCAUCCUCGUGAGAUACAACUCUGUAUCGCUAUCGUCAAGUAUCGCACCCGCUUAAAAAUUCCUCGCCGGGGAAUUUGCACCUCGUACCUUUCCACCCUGCAACCAGGUCACAAGAUAAUUAUUGGCCUACGUCGCGGAUUUAUCAACCUCCCGGACCAAAAAACACACAUCAUAUGCGUAGGUCCAGGCACUGGUGUCGCACCUAUGCGAUCCUUGAUUGAAGAGCGUCUCUUUACCGACACCACCCGUAACACGCUGUAUUUUGGUUGUCGGUCUGCCUUAAAGGACCAGCACUACGGCAAAGAGUGGAAAACAUAUGCCAAAGAAAACAAACUCGUGUAUCGUGUCGCUUGUUCGCGGGAUGGUCCUGAGGGGGUAAAAAGGACUUAUGUUCAAGACCUUAUAGAAGCAGAUGGAGAAAGGAUUUGGGAAUUAAUAUCGGAGGGUGCGCGGGUGUAUAUUUCAGGAUCAUCAAAUAAAAUGCCUGCAGCGGUGAAGGAUGCCCUUCGGCAUUCCGCAGUCAAUUAUGGAGGUCUAAGCAUCGAUGAGGCGAAGGAAUAUGUGAAGAGAAUGGAACUUGAAGGCAAGCUAAUGGAGGAGUGCUGGAGCUGAGGUUCGGCUCAGCUUGUUGAAUGAUAGUGCUUCGUCAUAGAGAGAGCAUCAUUGGAGAUCAUUUCAAACUCACGAAUUAUUUUUUUCAUGUGCUCGAGCAUAUAUGUGUUUAUCUAAGGCAUAAAAUAUCGAAGUGGUUCAUUUACAGCCAACCGAGUCGUUGUGGCUG